GUCUAUGAUACAGAGCUUUCGACGUUUGUGUUUCCCAUUCCUUGUCGAUUUACUACGUUCCGUAUUAAAGUCCGAACGGUCCGAACCGUCAAUUGUCCAAACCAUUUCGCUUUAAUUCCGUGAUCCGGCCUAACAUGAGUUGUGGAUUUGUUACCUGUGGCCCGAACGAAGCUCUUGUUGUUUCAGGAUGCUGCUAUGGCAAACCGCUGUUAGUACCUGGUGGAAGGGUGUUUGUUUGGCCUGUUGUACAGCAAGUUCAGAAGAUAUCUUUGAAUACGAUGACUCUUCAGGUUGAGAGUCCUACUGUUUAUACAUGUCAGGGAGUACCAAUAUCUGUAACAGGAAUUGCUCAGGUCAAGAUUCAGGGUCAAAAUGAAGAGAUGCUAUCAACAGCUUGUGAACAAUUCCUUGGGAAAAGUGAACAUGAAAUUCACAAUAUAGCUUUAGUCACGCUGGAAGGUCACCAGCGAGCAAUUAUGGGCAGCAUGACAGUUGAGGAAAUUUACAAAGAUCGCAAGAAGUUCAGCAAAGCAGUCUUUGAAGUUGCGAGCAGUGAUCUUGUGAACAUGGGUAUUACUGUCGUGUCUUACACCCUAAAAGAUAUUCGUGAUGAAGAGGGGGCAAAGGGAUACCUGAAAGCCCUUGGUAUGGCACGUACAGCAGAAGUCAAGAGGGAUGCUAGAAUCGGCGAAGCCGAGGCUCGCAAAGAUUCACAGAUACGAGAAGCUAUUGCAGAAGAACAGCGUAUGGCAUCUAGGUUCUUGAACGAUACAGAAAUUGCAAAAGCUCAACGUGACUUUGAACUAAAGAAAGCUGCUUACGAUGCCGAAGUACAAACCAAGAAAGCUGAAGCAGAAAUGGCUUACGAACUGCAAGCAGCUAAAACAAAGCAAAGGAUCAUGGAGGAGCAAAUGCAAGUAAAGGUGGUCGAACGAACUCAAGAAAUAUCUGUUCAAGAGCAAGAAAUGACUCGUCGUGAACGAGAAUUGGAUGCCACAGUCCGUCGUCCAGCUGAUGCCGAAAAAUACAGAUUGGAAAAAAUGGCUGAAGCAAAUCGCCUGCGACAAGUAAUGGAAGCUGAGGCUGAAGCUGAAGCUAUAAGAAUUAGGGGAGAAGCUGAAGCUUUUGCUAUUGAAGCUAAGGCUAAAGCUGAGGCUGAACAAAUGGCCAAAAAAGCAGAAGCGUGGAACGAAUACAAGAAUGCAGCAAUGAUAGACAUGAUGUUGGACACUUUACCAAAGGUUGCAGCUGAAGUAGCCGCACCCUUAUCUCAGGCAAAGAAGAUAACCAUGGUUUCCAGCGGAAACGGUACUGUGGGAGCAGAAAAAUUAACUUCAGAAGUACUAAACAUUGUUGCCAGGGUACCCGAACUUGUCAAAUCAAUGACCGGAGUGGACAUAGCCAAGUCCGUACACGCCGCAUGAACAAGAGAAGAAUCCUUUAGAUAUGAAUCCUUUACUUCUUACAAUACCCAAAACACUUCAGCUCAACCCGAUAACAUGUUUGGGCACUGGAGUAAAUCGCAGACGAAUUAUAUUUCACCAUAACGGUAGAAAAUAUUUAGUGACAAGUGAAGGGUCAAGCUUACCAAAAUUUACUCGAGAAUAUACUGUGAGAUCUAGACCAAAAAAAUGCGGGCAUGCUUGAGUUGACUCAAUCGAAUUUUAUAAACUUUUUGAAUAAAACUCAUUGAAUUCCCUAGGAACAAAAUUCGAAGGAGUAUUCGACCUAGUUGGCAAAUUUGUUUGAUUGCACAGGUUGAUGAAGUUUAUUAUUGUUUGGUCUGAAACUUACGUACAUUCAGCGCUUAUAUACACUACACAUAGGUAUAUUAUUUACAUUAUUGUAACAUACAUACAUAAAAAGAUAUAUACUCUUAUAUAAAACUUAUACAAAUAAUCGAUACACCUACCUAGAGUGGGUAAAAAAAGAAGAAAGUUUAUAGCAAGUAACGCAUUGGAUGGAUCUGCUUAUAUGUUAUAUUAAGUACAUUGAAUUACACAGAAAACAUUCAAAUUACAGGAUUUUUUAAAUGUUUUUUCGAUAAAAACGAAGUGUAAACUGCAUUUACAAUAUUUGACCGAGUCCGUAGUAACAAGAGACUUGAAACUUGCACGUUAUUUUACCUGCCACGUACGUACAUGUUCAUAUAUUUGAAAUUUUUAUGCACAUAGUAACCCUUGUUACCGUUUGUUCGUAUGGUACAAAUAUUACAAAAAACCUGCUGUAUUAUUGCAGUAGUCACUAAUAUAAGACAAAUUAAUUUAUAUAAUAAUAGAUCGACAUUGCCAUUAAAUAAUUAAACUAGAUUCAGUUUUUGUUAUGUUUUUUACAUCAGCUUGGUAGAAAGUUAAGUUUGGUCUAAAUUUUCCGUUUUUUUCCUUAUUGUUUUGUGACCCAAAACGGUAUCUUGAAAGUUGAUUACUUAUUCGUGAUUGAAACAUGCAUCAACUUCCGUAAUUGAUUUGAAAGAACGCGUUUACUACCUGAAGUUAAAACAAAAUAUUUGUACCAAUAAUGAUGAACCAUUUUACCUUCUGUUAUUAAUUCUGUAUAGCUAAUUGUGUUAACGAAUUUAUACCAAUGCAUGAUGCACAAAUUUUGUCGCAGUCAAUGACGGAAUGUGUAUAACUUACAACAAUUUUUACACACACAUCUCUAUAUAGUAAUAAUAUAUAAAUUACGCGCGUUUCAGUAAAGAUAAAAUAUAUUCAUAAUUUUGACGUUCCGAAUGUUGUUAAUCUUGCAUAUAUUUGGUAAGUUGGUGUGAUAUUAUCAAAAGACCAUGGUUACUACGAUGCCAACUCCUGACAUGAUAUUUCAAAGAUUAAUUGUACUCAUUGCUUUCAGAAUCAACUUUUAUUGUGGUAGAAGCUAAUAAUGGUUAUACAAUAUUAUCUUAUGCAGGUGUGAUUUUUCACUAUUAUUCAUCACCCCAAAGGAGAAUCUCAUACCUAGUUGCCCCAGGUAUUUUAUUUUUAAUUAAUUCUUUUUCGCCAUAAGGUGGAGGCUCCACCUUCGAUAUUUUUAAUGCAGAAACGUUCGUAUUUAUAGAUUUUACCCAUUUUUACAAUUAGUAACAUUUCAAAUUAAGUGUAAACUGGUGCAAUUUGGUCAAAAACUAUAUUCGUGCGUCUAGUCUACAGUACGUCAAGAUCUAUAUUUACUUACACGAUUACCUAUUUACCUUUCCAUAUAGUUGGCAUUUUAUCAAAUAAAAAAGAUCUAUGUAUUUUACCUUUGA